AUGACCUCUGACCUCACAGCAGAAAACUCCUUCUGGACAACACAGCGCAAUGGUGAAGUGAAGUUGCGUAUGGACAAGAACUCGGAGGACGAGCCUCCGGUCACAGUGCCCGACAUGAUCAUGAGCGCCGCCACCAAGUACUCACACUACUUGGCAAUAGGCUGCAAGUACAAGAAGAGCUGGCAACUGCUCACCUACAUCGAGUACUACGAGGCCUGCAGGAGGGCUGCCAAGGCCUUCCUCAAGGUGGGUCUGGAACGCUUCCAUGGUGUGGGUAUCAUGGGCUCCAACUCCACAGAGUGGGUGAUUGCCAACAUUGGAGCCAUCAUGGCAGGUGGCAUCUCUGUGGGCAUUCUGUGCACCAACUCACCCAAAGCCUGCCAGGUCAUUGCUGAGACCUCAGAGAUGGACAUCUUCGUGGUGGAUAAUGAGAGACAGCUGCAGAAGGUUAACCAGAUCCAGGGCUACCUGAAGCAUCUCAAGGCCAUCAUACAAUACAGAGAAGACAUCCAGGAAGUACAGCCAAAUCUAUACUCGUGGAAAGGCUUCCUGGACCUCGCAGAUGGCAUCUCGGAUGAAAAACUGGACCAAAUCAUCGACUCACAGAAGCCUAACCAGUGCUGUGCUUUGGUAUACAAACAGGGCAUCUCUGGGCCCCCGAAGGCCACCAUGCUCAGCCACGACAAUAUCACAUGGACCACAGCGGCCACUGUUCAGAGCCUAGAGUACAAGUGUCCGCCUAAUGGCCAGGAGGUCCUUGUGAGCUACCUGCCGCUCUGCUUUGCCGGGACCCAGAUCUUGGAUGUAUGGGUGGCCAUCUCCGUGGCUGGAACAGUCUACUUCCCCUCACCAGAGGCAGGGAAGUGGAAUGGACCAGCACGAGCCCCUGGCACGGUGAGCUCUGGGGGUGAGAGCGACAGUGGCCAGAUCCAGCUCCACCAGCCGCUGUGCUAUGGCCUGGCCAAAAAGCUGACCUUCGACCCUGCCAGGAAGUUCCUGGGUCUCAACCAUUGCCAGCAGUUCCUGAACCUGGGUUUGGGGCUGCCGAGGAACACGCUGGACUUCUUCCUCAGCCUGAACAUACCCAUCUUUGACAUGUACGGCUUGACCGAGUGCAGCGGACUGCACGCUCUGUCCAGCCACCAGGCCUUCCGACAACUGAGCUGUGGGAAGGCACUUCCCAGCGCCCUCACAAAGGUGGAAAAGGAGAACCGGGAAAACGUCGGGAACUUGUGUGUGUGGGGCCGCCACAUCUUCAUGGGCUACCUCAAUGACAAGGUCAACACAGCGAAGAGGGUGGACAGCCAGGGCUGGCUACACACAAACGACCUGGGCUUCUUGGAUGUCGACAACUUCGUCUAUAUCUUGGGGAAUAACGAUGAUCUGAUCACGCUAAGCUCAGGAGAAGUAAUCAACCCGAGUCCCAUAGAGGAGCGAGUGAUGAUUCGAAUCCCCAUUGUGCGCUAUGCAAUGUUGGUGGGCCAGAACGCCCCAUACCUGUGCGCCCUCCUUACACUGAAGUGUCAGAUCAAUCCAGAGACUGGAGAGGCUCGGAGUGCCCUGACCAGCGAGGCUGUGGCCUGCUGCCGGAAGCUGCGGAGCCAGUCCACCUGGUUGACAGACGUCCUAUAUGAUCGUGACCCCCUGGUCACAGAGUUCAUCAGCCAGGGCAUCCAGGAAGUGAAUGCAGAAGCACCCUCAGAGGCCGCCAAAAUCAUUAAGUGGGUCAUUCUAGACAACGAUUUCUCUGUUGGCGGCGGGGAGCUUGGGCCCAUGACCAAGUUGAACAGGACCGCUGUGGCCAAGAUAUACCAGGAGGACAUCCAGAAAUUCUAUGAAAGGAGUCCAAGCUCCUAG